AUGGAGAUCGUCGAUGGAUCCUCGCCUUAUCAGGGAAAUGGCUGCAACUUAUCCAACCCAAAGUAUGGUUACGACUUUGUCAUCUCAACUACCCAAGCUAGUAUAAAUUCGGAUUUCUGCAAUUACCUGCACAACAACACUUUGCCCUGUAAUUACUUCUGUUUUCUAUCGAACUCCUCAAAUGCGAAUGCAGUGGUUCCAGUCACCUUGGAUGACCUUGUUGCCAAAACAGGCGGGGUUGAUCCCUUCAAGGUUCCACGGGAUACCCCGCACACAGACCCUCGGGUUCAGGCGCUAACCAAGGUGGGAUUCACCGUCGGUGUCAAGAUUCGUAUGGGGCUUCCUCCAGGUGUAGAGCCCAGGGAUCUCCCUCCCAUUCUUGAGCUUGGCGAUCUUGCCAACUCCGCCACUUUCAACAUCCCUUGUUCCGACUUUCAUGUCGUUGAGAACGAGCUGGGCACACCAGCCAGCCCCAAUGGCAAAUGGAAUGUCUGGAAGCAGCCCCCGGGUCAUCCAUGGACUCUCAAAACAUGGGUCAGCCUCGUUCAUGCCAGUCUCGACAAUCAGCUCAAUGGCUCAGCACAUUUUGCUCAAAACCCAGCCAAGAAGCAAAGACUACUCAAAAGGCUUCAAAACAUUUCUAGCACGGCUUUUAGUCUGCAACAGCUGUUGCUGGAUAUGGAUAAUGCUACAGUUCAGAAUGUCCCUGUCAUUGAAGGCAUGAAGCCUGGCAGUCGAGCUCACCUUGUUGUCUCUGGCCAAAUCGGUAACAUCUGGACAGCAUUCACCAAGAAGUGCCAUUGUCCCCCAAUCUCUGUCGUCGCUGUUCCCCGAACAUCACCAGACGCCUCCAAGCUCCGCUUGACAUCCUUCGACCUCCAAGUUAACCGCGUCAAGGACGGCAACGGCGAUGCGGUCAAGAAUCCUACCAAGGAACAACUUGCUGCAACCACUCUCGAUUACCGUUGCAUGACUAGUGGCUCACAGCUACCGCCUGCUAAGCAUUUCUCCUGGAACUGGGUCGAGCCAAGCAGCAUCAAUUCCGAAAGCGGUGUUGUCGCCAUCAAGAGAGAAGUCUUCAGCCAGUAUUUGCUUGAUGCAAUCCUUCCUCAGAUCAAGAAAUACUGCAUCACCACGGACCCAGUGGUGGGAAACAGAUUCCCCUGCGGCACCGGGAAACUAUGGGCAGACUGGUCUCUACCCACGAUCAACAACCAAACCCCCAAGUAUCUUAUCCGCCGUGGGUCCGACAAUAUAAUCGUUAUCAACUACUAUGCUAUCGAUGACCCAGACACAAGCUCAACCCGAGGUUCGAUAUACGCUUCAGACUAUUGCCGUUUAGACGUGGUGCCUGGCUAUGAAUGCAACGUUAUACUUACCGGCAACACUCUGCAGAUCCAGCAAAACCAUGUCGUCAACGUCAGGCUCAAAUGCACCGGUGCUACCUUUCCCUCGAAGAGUAUUCCAGAUUUUGAUGAACAGUGUACGGCAUACAACGCGUUCACUACUGAUCACUACCAGAUAUCUGUUGGGCAAACAGGCUGUCUUCAAAUCACUCACACCAACAGCUCCCCGGACACUUCACAUGAUAGAUUUGAGGAUAGAAACUCUUUUUUCGAGACGGACAAUUUGUUGGAGAAGGUCAGGAGCCGUUUCACAGCACCAGUACCCAUUGACUUCACUUCAAUCAAUGCCGCGAUGUUACAAAACUUCAUCUUCCCAGGAGGAAAGGUCUUUACCUACGGCAAUGUCAGAGCAGCACCAAGUGGCGAUCUUCUCUGCAGCCUGACUUAUGCGGACCCCGACGAAGCCAUCACUUCGACAGCAAUGCUCAAGUUUCCAGCGGCAAAAGCAGAAGAUGAUGUCCCGUCUACUCCAGUCGCUGUACCCGUCCCAGCUGCGACUACGCCACCAGCUUCCCUGACAUUUACGGCGGAGAUGAUGCAGAACUACGUCCCUGGCGAGAUUGUUAAUCCUUCUGGAAAAUUCGAGGCUCUGCAGACACAAGAUGGCCACUCUAUUCUUUUCAACUUAAGCUCUACAAAUGUGUUGCAGGCUAUUGUCGAGCAGAGCGGAGCCAGCUCAACGGGAUGGCGAAUAGUAGACCUCUCGUCCAACGUCCUUAGUUCCGCUUUUGCCAGCGAUAAGAGUGCAGUUGUCAAAACAUUCGAUGUUAACCAAAGUGCUGUAGACAGCACUAUUAGUCUGGCGAUGGUUGUUACCUCUGGGGGUACAGAUAACCUCCUCUUGUCUCUGUACAAUCACAACUCAACUGCUGCAUGGAUUCCUGCGCCAAACCUGACCUGGAAAUCGGUUCCGUUCGAUGCUUCUUCGGCAUCCAGCAGUACAAUAGCCAUAGAAGGUGUCAUGUUUGCCGAGACAGAUGCCAGUCACAAGCAACACAUUAUUGUUGACAUUGACCGCUCAAGUUCUGACGCAAUCAAGAUGAUUUCUCGAUAUCACGUCAAUCCACUAGCAACAGACAAGCACUGGACCUCUCAUGGUAUCACGGUAGAUAUCCAAGCCGGGAACUAUCAAAGCUGUGUUGGGAGGUUCCAGAAUGAAUUCGUUGACGGAGUCUUUACCCGCGGUGUAUCUGGAAACUCGAGCCAACUUGUCUAUGUCCCUAUUCACAACGCCUUUGGAGAUGGCCCACCUGCAGCGCGCACUCUCAGUCUCCCAGGGAAUGUCACAGCAUCGGCAAUAGCAACGGCAAGGGCAUUCAAUAAUUCGACAGACUUGUAUGCUAUUGGUGGUCAGACCCUGUUCUGGUUCCCUGCAAACAGCCAGGCCGGACAGUCAGUUGCUACGACAAUCGUCAGCAACAGCAUAUUCCAAGGAACGACUGAGCUUUCAGCCAUGACGCACGGCGGUGUUACAACCAUUUGGGGCAAGAAUGGAAGUGAUCAGAUCUACUACACGUCUUGUCCCAAUACACAGCUUGGUACGGCCGCAUCAUGGAGCACACCUCUCCCGCUGAUGACCGGUAUAGAGAACAUGUCGGCCUUUGUGAACCGUACGGGCUAUAGCAACACCAUAUUUGUUUCUGGGGGAACCUCCCUUUGGCGAUUAGUGCAAGCUACAGAGACAACUGCCAAGCUUUGGCGUCAGGAGUCCCUUGUUAUUGAGGCACCGCCACAAACCAAGGCGAUUGCAUUCAACUCUUACACUACCACCAUUCAACUGGCAGACGAUAAGAAGGUGCCUGCAGGCGAUGUCGCUGUCUCUAUCACAGCGCCUUGCAGGACUCCUGUUUACAUCAAUGGCUUGUACUACGUUUUGAGCUCAACGCCCAUCACUGUUUCUUCAGACAAAACUGGUGCACUAACGGUAGUUGAGAACACGCACAACACUCUGAAUGGGACAUCCAUCACUGUUACCUGUGGCGGUCAUGCAACGGUCAUAGAUCCAUCGCAUCAACAUUUCCAAAAGAUUACCUCAUUGAACACUCCCACUAAGUUGGGAGCAGCCAAGAUCCCCAAAAAUGUCGUUGCAGGGGGUACUUCAGGCCCCUCGGUCACAACGCCUCUUGUCAAUCCAUCUACUUCGUCAAAUGACACGCAAAGUGUUGCAACCACCUUGGGAAACCUCAAUACUGUCUAUGGUGCCAUCAAGAACCCAAAUGCGCCUCUCAAGGUCGCUCCGAAGCCAGUCCCUCCCAAGCCAAUUCCAGAGCAUCGCCCUAGUUCAGGUCUUUUCGGGUCUAUUUGCGACACCUUCGAGGAUAUUGGUCAUGCGAUCGAGGCUGAUGUUGGAGACAUUUUUCACGCCCUCAAAUCAGCAGCUGAAGCGAUCGUUCACAUCGUCAAGGAGGCAGCAAGCGACGUGUGGCAUUUCGUGACCACCAUCGCAGGCAAGGUCUACCAUGUAGUCCUCAGCACAGUUGAUGCAGUUGUCGGUGCUGUCGAAUGGGUAUUUAAUGCCAUCAAGACGGUGAUCCAGGAUGUGAUCCGCUUCCUGGAGUUUCUCUUGGAUUGGGAGGACAUCAAACGCACCAAGAACGUUAUCUGCAACAUUGCGAAGCUGUUUAUGCAGGGCCAGAUCAACUUGAUUGCAUCCGCCAAGCCCUUCUUCGACCAGGAGAUGAAUGCUCUUGUGACCAUGAUCAACGGCUGGGCUGGUGAUACAAGCUGGACGGGCACGAUUGGCCAGGCUACGACCCAGCCCUUGUCGGCAAAUGGUCAGAAUACAUCAACAGGCCAGACAUCUGGCUCACAGAUGCUGUCUAGCCACUACAAGAACAACGCUUCUUCCCUGACUCUCGUUGAAACCGACACAGCCGAGAGUGGGGUAGAAGAGCUUGUGGACAACCUCUUGACCGCUCUGGAGAAUGAAAACAAGACAAUGACAGCAGCAUACAACAACCUGAAGAACCUUGCUCACAACGUCUCAUCUCAACCACUGCAAGACUCCCUCAAACAACUUGUUGCGAUCAUCGCCGAUGUUUUGGUCUCUACUCUAGGCAACGUUGGGGACGCCAUUCUAGAUAUUCUAACGAGUCUCGCCAGCUCCGCCAUGCACCUUCUCGACACAAAGUUCCAUAUCCCAAUCAUUUCCGACAUACUCAGUGAUCUGGAUAUAAGUGAACCUUCUCUGCUGGACCUUUUCUGCUGGAUUGUCGCUGUUGCUUACACAGUCAUAUAUAAAAUCGCCAACAACAGCGCCCCAUUCCCCGACAACGACGAUGUGAGUGCCCUGAUCAACUCCGAUAGCUGGCAUACACUCCAAACUAUCCUGGGUCAACCACCUCCCCAGGACGAGCUUUCCUAUUACUCGCGUGCCGCUUCAUACAUCUGGUCAGCGCCUAAAGAAAUCGGCGAUUCUACCAAGAAGAGUAUUUACCGCUGCCUACACACCAUCGGGACCGACAUUGAUCUGCUGAAUGUGUUUGUCAUUCCUCUUGAGGCUAAUGGCUCUUCGGAUAGCAAGCAGAACGCAUUUAGUGGGCCUAUGUCGGUUCUAGGUUAUCUGAAUACCGCAUGUCACGUUGUUGCUGGACUCGCCGUACCCCAAAAUCCCAUAUCAAACGAGGUUCUCAAGGCCAUGCAUUACAGAAACAUUGCUGUCAAGGUUCUGGCUAGUCCUAUUCUCAAGAAGUGCAUGAAAGUGAAUGGAGAUAACAGAGGCUUCCCUGCCCUUGACAAACGCGGCAUGGGGGCUUUGGUUAAAGUCGUUGUCGGGUAUUGGGGGCUGUUCGUCACUGCAGGUCAUCUCUAUGAGUUGAGUCACGAUGCUCCAAGUUCCAACAGAACAGCGGCUAUUCUGACGGAGGUCGGUAGUAUACUGGGUGAAAUCAGCAAUGUUGCCUAUUGCGAAGCUGUCAAUGAUCCAGAUCGAACUACCAGAGAGGUCCCUCUCUUAGUUAUAGCUGGAGUGGGAUUGAUUGAGGCCGGGUUGGAGGUGUCGUUAGUGGCAACUGUUGACAAAUAG